ACACACACACUGUGGGUCUUCAGAUGCUUUGGCCUUCAACUCCCAGAAAUCCUAACAGCUAGUAAACUGCCUGGGAUUUCUAGGAGUUGUAUGUCAAAACACCUGGGGACACACAGGUCGAGAAUCACUGAUAUAUAUGAAUAGAUGGGGAAAACUAUGGAGCUGCAAACCUGGUCCAGUUCUGGCCAAAAUCCAACACAAUCCUGAAGCGAACAUAAUAGUUUAGGGGUGUGCGAAAAGGCAGAAAUAUGUUCUGUUUUUGUUCUGAAUUUCAGAUUCCCCCCCGCCGGAGAGGGGCCGUUCAGGUUCAUUAUUUGGGAUCUGGAGUUCAUUUUCCAUUUUGGGAAGAAGAAAAAAGAACCGGGGAGGGGGGGAUCAGAAAUUCAAAAUGAAUACAGAUCAGAUUUCUGCCAUUUCGCAUACCCGUAGAUUAUAUACCUUCAGAAUUGGUCCGAUACUAGCUUGGUAUUCAUUUGUUGCAGCUCUCAGGUGUAUGUUGUUGUUGGUGUUUGAGGGCCUACUGUGGGCAUGGGGAAUGGUAACCUAUUGAGCUCUUGAAUGGAAGUUCACUACUCGAUGCAGCUCCCUGAGUCCAGUGCUAGAUGGAAUGAACAUUAUAUGGGCUUGAGGGGAAGUUUGGGAAAAGUCCUAUAUUUUUUAUUCCUUUCCACACUCUUUGGAUACCAUGUUGUAGUGAACCUUACCUAUUAGGCCAGGGAUGAAGCCUGGGUAACAGUGAGUGAGGUAGGCAUACAUUUUGUUGAGGAAUGCCAGGCAGCCAUCUUGAGUGUGGUUAGAAAGGGGGAGGAGCUUAGAGAGAGACUCCUGGGAUUGUCCAACCAGAGCAGAUGGGAGGAGCCAAGUCUUAGAAUGCAGAGGAAAAAAAGAGCUCCAGGCAGUUCUGGUUUGAGGUUUGAAGAAGGGAGGGUUUUAGGGUUGGAAGAGAGCAGUUUGGUUUUGGAGUUCGGAGGGUGUGUGUGUGAGAGAGAACUAAAAGCUGUGGAAACUGACAGGCUAAGUCAGGCAGUUUGGGUCUCUUGAGAGGAAGAUAAGGGAUUGUCUCUCACUACUGGGCUGGUUAAUGGAAGGACUCUAGGUUAGAGUUAAUUAACAACCCAGGGGAACUCGUGUCUAUUCUCAGUAAAUAGAGCGAGGGUUUUUGUGACCAAUAGAUAGAUUGGUUGGUUGGAACUGUUUGAAACAAAGUGAAGUAAUUCUGAAACAUACAACUAAGUUAAGCUGAAGAAUCAUAGAAUAGUAGAGUUGGAAGAGACCUCAUGGGCCAUCCAGUCCAACCCCCCGCUAAGAAGCAGGAAAUCGCAUUCAAAGCACCCCCGACAGAUGGCCAUCCAGCCUCUGCUUAAAAGUCUCCAAAAAAGGAGCCUCCACCACAACCCGGGGGAGAGAGUUCCACUGCCGAACAGCUCUCACAGUGAGGAAGUUCUUCCUGAAGCCAUUCUUCCGUGUCCUAGUCUGCAGGGCAGCAAAAAACAAGCUUGCUCCCUCCUCCCUAUGACUUCCCUUCACGUAUUUGUACAUGGCUAUCAUGUCUCCUCUCAGUCUUCUCUUCUGCAGGCUAAACAUGCCCAGUAACGCCUGUAACCGUUUAUGCUAAUGUACCUCUAUGAAGUAAUCAUUUGUCUGUUUUUAAGAAAAUAUUUUUUUUAUUCUAUUUGCAAUUUUCAAGAGCCUCCACAGUGUAUAUUUUCCAUCAAGAAGCCUGAAUAAAAGUUCCAGCAAUACAACAAGAAAAUACCACAGAAAAGCCUCAUAAUGAACAUCAGUUUGGGAGCCAGGGGUGGGAAACAGUGUGGGCAGUGAAUGGGAGAAACUUAUCUCAGACACAUUUAACAACAAAAAUCCUAAAGAUAUUUUAGGUUGGUGGCAGCUACCAUUUUAAAAGAAAAUAUGUUAUAAUUAGCCUCCUCGCUUUGCUCUUUCCGUUAUAUUGGUGGCAGCGGUGGGAUAGUAUAAAAAAGAUUCCCGCCUGCCUGAUGAAGAAGGAGCUCUCACCUCUCCCCUGCCUCAAUUCUUUUGAAAUAGAAAUCUUAUUUUUUGAUCUAUAAAAUAAGGCCUGUUUUGAGAUAAAGUAAAAAAAAAUUUGGUUAUCAGACAGUACUAUCCUGAAGCCAAGCAAAACAAGAGAAAUGUUUUUCUAUGGUACUACCAGUAGUGGUUUUCAACCUCCAGAACACUUUUGAUUAUCCCGACUGCCAUUGACCACAAGAACAAGACGCACCAACAGGGAAUGGACAUCCGGAGAAGUUUUGUCUCAAUCUGACCUUGGAUCCAGCAACACCUAAACUGUCCUGUGAAUAGCCACAGAGAAUGUAUUUGAGGAAAUUUCCCCUCUAUGCCUUUGAGGAAAACAGCUCUUUUCAGAGCGAUUUGAAGCAAAGUGCUGUGACUUGUACUUGAAAGAAAUGCCGACAUUUAUACCUACCAGACAUCCUGUUCUUGGUCUCUGGGAUCCUUCUGCCAGAAGAGGAAGUGUAGGCAGAGGGAGCUGCUUCUCUCUUUUUCUCUCUUAAUGAGAGAGGAAUAAGGGCUAUGAAAAAAGAUAUCAGAUGAGAACUCUGUUACGGAAGGAAGGAGGUGGUUUAAUCCAGUACGCGCACAAGAGGGACAGAGAUUCUAGUUUCUCUGGCAAGCCCAGGGCAGCCCAGGGCCGAAAUUAGAAGAAGAAAAAAACAUUUUGAUAAAUAGCAAAGAGGACACAGGAAAGCCAUAACAGUGGAGAAGAUGACUGCAAAUAUCAAUAUAUCUUUACUACCCAACGUCUGUUCUGCAACCUUCUGCAUGGUAAAAGGAAGUAGGAACCAGACAGAAGCAGGGAUUGGAUUCCAAGAAGUAGCCGUUGGAUUGAUACUCACAUUCAUUGAUUUGCUGACUCUUCUGGGAAACAUGGUGGUAUUUAUCUGUCCGCUGAUGGAAAAGAGGCUCCGGACCGUCACCUACAUGUUUAUCAUGUCCUUGGCUAUGGCUGAUUUCCUUGUGGCUUGUCUAGUGAUGCCAUUCAGUAUCGUUUAUGAAGUGACAGGCAAAUGGCUGUUUGGGAGAGAGUUCUGCAAAGUCUGGAUCUCAUUUGACGUCAUGUUCUGCACAGCCUCCAUUGUCACAUUGUGUUUUAUCAGCCUCGACAGAUACUGCUCCGUGGUUACCCCUUAUCACUAUUCAAAGAGGAUGUCACGGCAAAGGUGUAUCGUAAUGACUUGCAUCGUUUGGGUAUAUUCCUCCCUGAUCUCCUUUUUACCUGUCAUGAAAGGCUGGAAUGAGAUACCUGGCAUAGACUUUGAUGCCACCAAAGAAUGCAUCUUUGUCACCAACUGGAUUUUUGCCAUUAUAGCCUCAGCCCUUGCUUUUUUCGUCCCCUUCACGGUCAUGUGCAGCAUGUACUUCUUCAUCUAUCGUGCAUCACGGCUGAAAGCCUCUCGAAUUGUUUCUCAGACCCUUGACCUUCAUUACCACCCACAAAGUAAACGGCAGAACAAUCUGCAGCUAGAGAACAAGGCGACUCGCACAAUAAGCAUCCUCAUAUCUGUGUUCAUUUUGUGUUGGCUGCCAUAUUUUGUGUGCAAUGUAUGGCUCGCCACGAGAGGAACCAGUUCCACCAGCAAAGUUCUUUCUGAUACCUUCAAAAUCAUAACAUGGUUAGGGUAUUGCAAUUCUACAAUCAACCCAAUGCUCUAUGCUUUCCUCAAUCGGGAUUUUCAGCGGGCUCUGAAGAAACUGCUUACCUGUAGACGGAGGUCUCAGGUGGACAUUCAUGAGGACAUUGUUUCAAUAGCCACUUUUACAAAGACAGCUCCAGAUCCAAGAGCACACUGUGAAAAAACAGCCGUCUUCUGCAGCUCUGAAGAACACACAUGAAUAUCUAAGAUUUAUUUCCUCUACCAUCUAUGCUAACUCUUCAUGUAGGCAGAUUCUGCAAACUCGGUGGAGUAUGAACAGUAUAUUUAUAAAACAUAUGCUUUUCAAUGUAGUAGAGUUGUAAAAUAUUAACAAAACAUAUUAUUCAAUUCAGUUCAAUAUAAAUGCCUUUUCCUGUGCAGAUAGGGAGAUACAGUAGAGUCUCACUUAUCCAACAUAAACAGGCCGGCAGAACGUUGGAUAAGCGAAUAUGUUGGAUAAUAAGGAGGGAUUAAGGAAAAGCCUAUUAAACAUCAUAUUAGGUUAUGAUUUUACAAAUUAAGCACCAAAACAUCAUGUUAUACAACAAAUUUGACAGAAAAAGUAGUUCAAUACUCAGUAAUGCUAUGUAGUAAUUACUUUAUUUACGAAUUUAGCACCAAAAUAUCACGAUGUAUUGAAAACAUUGACUACAAAAAUAUGUUGGAUAAUCCAGAAGCUUGGAUAAGUGAGUGUUGGAUAAGUGAGACUCUACUGUAUAUAGAACAGUGGUUCUCAACCUGUGGGCCAUGGCCCAGCAGUGGGCCGCGAGAACAAAAAUCUGGUCUGCGAACCUUCUUUUUUAUUCAUUUAUUUUAUUUUAAUAAUUUUAUUUUUCCUCCUUUCUUCAGAGCUGACCAUUGCACUGGAUAGACCACAUCAGCUCUAGAUUAUUAAAUAUGGUUUUCUGGCCCA